AUGAGCACCUCAAGCACACCCGUCGUCCGUCCCAGGGCCUCAAGACUCCCAGUUUAUCCACCAACCGUAGUUGCAGCUUCGACAACUGACUCUAAUCAAACGGCGAUACAAGCCCAGAAUUCCUUCCAUUUUGCCCCUACAGAUCUCAUCUGUUCCGUUCGAUGUUGUCAACCAGGCUGCCAAUCUGAGUCGGAUUGGCUUCCAGCAACUCAAUUAACAUUCUAUGUGGAAGAGCUAAACGAUGAUCCAAUUCUUUGCGGAUCAUGCAUUAAUGUACGAUAUCCAAAUAUUUUGGCGGAGCAAUGCUCUCCCGUGUGGAUACCCGAAGCAAGAAUAGCGCAGCAAAUGUUUCGUAUUGUCUGCCGUGAAUCUCGUUCUAGAGGAAUUCCAGCACUCCCGUCCUACAUCACGGACAAAGAAGAGAUAGUAUCUCCGCGAUCAUUGUUUGUUCAACCAUUAUGGCGGGCUGCUAUGUCGGAUGAAAGCAACAGGAGAAUCUAUAUCUGCCCCGAAUGCAACCGUGACUUUAGGAAGCAGAGUAGAUACAUGUAA